GCACCGCGGCAGUAGAGUAGUGGCCGUCGCGUUUCCCACGGAGGUGUAUGGAUAGGAGGGGUCAGGGGUUCUUGAUGCUCACUCGACGCGCUUGCGAGUUAAGUCCUGAGUUAGUCGAGUACCAGUCGAGUGUACGGUGUGCCCGCGGGAGCGAUUGCACCAACGGUGACAACCAGUAGACGACGUAACCGGAGACGAAGUGAUGGCGGCCCUUAAACGAAUCACUAGCCUAACAAGGGCACUCGCGACGAUGACGUCCGCGUCGCGGCCCUGCCUCCAGCAUGCCACGAGGAAGACCUUCUUUACAUAUGCGAACGAACCCUCGAUGCCAAUCCCCGGCAAGGAACCCUGUUGGCUGAAGACCGCCGACGAGGCCAUCGAACAGGCCGAACUAGACUCAGAUCAGAUGGUGUAUGUUCAGGGCGCCGCGGCGACACCCGUUGAAUUACUGAGAGCGAUGACCGACUAUGGGGUACGCUGUGAUGUAAGAAAUGUCCGUUUAUAUCACAUGCAUCUCGAGGGACCAGCCCCGUUUGCUAAGCCAGAAAACGCAAAGCAUUUUAGAUCCAUUAGCUUAUUCAUCGGUGGUAACGUGCGACCCGCGGUGAACGCAGGCAACGCCGACUGCAUUCCCAUUUUCCUGCACGAGAUUCCGCGUCUCUUCAAAGAGGGCUAUCUAAAGCCUGACAUCUCUCUUAUUCAUGUAUCUCCUCCGGAUGAAAAGGGUUACUGCUCCUUCGGCACCAGUAUAGACUGUGCUCGGUCCGCUGUGAGUCAUUCCAAACGUGUCGUAGGUUUAGUCAAUAAAUACAUGCCUAGGACCUUCGGCGACGCUCUCAUUCACGAAAGUCAUUUGGAUUUUGCCGUGGAACAUCACAAACCGCUGCCUGUUCAUCCGGUGAAGGCGCCUUCCAAGGCUGAACAGAUGAUCGGCAAAUAUAUCGCUGAGAAUUUGGUGGUGAACGGUGCUACGUUGCAGCUGGGUAUUGGCAGCAUACCUGACGCUGUAUUGUCGUUACUAGGUAAUCACAAGGACUUGGGUAUUCACAGUGAGAUGUUCAGCGAUGGUGUAGUUGAUCUUGUGAAUAAGGGCUGCAUCACGAACAAUAAGAAGACGUUACACCAGGGCCGAAUUGUCGGCUCAUUUUGCGUGGGUUCGGAGAAGCUCUAUGACUUUAUGGACAACAAUCCUUUCAUAGAGAUGCUGGCGGUGGAUUACGUCAAUGAUCCCAGAAUGGUUGCCAAACAACCGAAGAUGACGGCCAUUAAUUCGUGUAUCGAAGUGGAUAUCACCGGUCAGAUCUGUGCGGACAGUAUUGGUACGAGAAUGUAUUCCGGUUUCGGUGGACAGCUAGAUUUUAUCACGGGUGCCGCGAUGAGCGAAGACCGACAAGGAAAACCGAUUAUAGCGCUUCAAUCAGUCACCUCUAAAGGCCAAAGUAAAAUACAACCAGUUCUAUCCUCAGGUGCUGGAGUAGUCACCAACAGAGCAGUGGUACGAUACGUAGUAACAGAGCAGGGAAUUGCCAGUCUAUUUGGUAAGAGUCUUCAGCAACGUGCAUAUGAAUUAAUUCAGGUGGCUCAUCCCGAUCACAGAGAAACGCUCGAGAAAGCCGCGUUCGAACGCCUAAAAGUGAUGCCCGCUCCAUAAAUUUAAAAACAUAUAAUGUAGGAAACUUAUUUAAUAGCAUUUUACAAUCGGUCUCCUGUGUAUUUUAACCACGCACAACAGCCAUCAAAGUGUCGCGAAGUGUCUUCUUAUAUGAUGUAUGACAUUGUAUGUGCUCUCUUACUAGAAGAAUUUACCGGCCUUCUAGAAUAAGGGAAAAAGAGAGAGAGGAACAUGUACUAGACCGAAAAAUGCGCUAAAUUGUAUCAUUAUGUAUGUAAGAAUUUGUAAUGCGAAGUUGCACCUCGUUUCCAUAUAUAUACAUAGAUAUAUCAAUAUAAGAUUUAAGUCACGUGUAUUUUAUAUCGCGAAAAAAACGUGUUCUUGUGCCUUGGAACACGAUUUAAAUAGAAAAUGGCACAACUCUUAAAUGC